AUUCUUCUUCGUUUUCUCUCUACCUUCUUUCUAUUCGGUUUUCUUCUUCUUUUAUUUUCCCUCUCCCAUCAAUCAAAUUCAUUUCUGAAAAAAAAAAUAACAACUAUCACAAUGGGUGUCACCAAGACCGUUAUCUCCCCUGGCAACGGCCAGCAGUUCCCCCAGAAGGGCGAUCAGAUCUCCAUGCACUACACUGGUUGUCUGUAUGAUGAGAACGCUCCUAACAAGAUGGGCAAGCAGUUCGACAGCUCCCGUGGUCGCGGUCCCUUCAAGACUGCCAUCGGUAUUGGCCGUCUCAUUAAGGGCUGGGACGAGGCUGUCCCCCAGAUGAGCGUUGGCGAGAAGGCCAUCCUGACCAUUACUCCUGACUACGGCUACGGCGCUCAGGGUUUCCCCGGCUUGAUCCCUCCCCAGUCGACGCUGGUUUUCGAGGUUGAGCUGCUCGGCAUCAACUAAACCAGCUAUACUACUAUGGUAUAGUAUACUGGCUUAGUGGCGGGAAAUUUGAAUGAAUAAAAACGGCGGCUCUUUGUCGAUUUGAUAUACUAACUAGAUCAAUACAAUCGAUCAGUCGAAGUAAUCAAUCAGUAG